AUGGAAGGAGACCGGCUGCAGCAGUUAUUCCUAACGGGACUUUGGGAAUGGUCUCCCUGGUUCCUGGAGGCCAGACCCCCAUCCCAUGGAGGAAGACAGAAUGCACGGAGCUCUGGAUAUCCCAUCCCAAGUAAGGAGGACACAGCUACGGCCCUCCAACGGCUCGUGGAGCUGACAGCCACCAGGGUGACCCCACUGAGAAAUCUGCGUGUUCAGUACCGCCUCAUCCGAGAGCUUGGCUCUGGCUCCUAUGGCCGCGUACUCCUUGCCCGGCCUCGCCAAGGAGGUCCUGCUGUGGCCCUGAAGCUCCUGCGUCGAGACAUCGUCCUGAGAACCACCUUUCUGAGAGAGUUCUGUGUGGGCCGCUGUGUCUCAUCACACCCAGGCUUACUCCAGACCCUAGCAGGACCCCUGCAGACCCCCCGACACUUUGCCUUUGCCCAGGAGUAUGCACCAUAUGGAGACCUCAGUGGGAUGCUGCAGGAACGGGGCCUCCCAGAGCUGCUGGUGAAGAGGGUGGUGGCCCAGCUAGCCGGAGCCCUGGACUUCCUCCAUGGCCGGGGGCUGGUCCAUGCGGAUGUCAAGCCAGACAACGUGCUGGUCUUUGACCCUGUCUGCAGCCGUGUGGCCCUAGGUGACCUAGGUCUGACCCGGCCCGAGGGCAGUCCAACCCCUGCCCCACCAGGGCCGCUGCCCUCCGCCCCACCCGAGCUCUGCCUCUUGCUGCCACCUGACACCCUGCCCCUGCGCCCAGCGGUGGACUCCUGGGGCCUGGGGGUGCUUCUCUUCUGCGCUGCCACUGCCUGUUUCCCCUGGGAUGUGGCACUGGCACCUGACCCCGAGUUCGAGGCCUUUGCUGGCUGGCUGACCACCAAGCCCCAGCCGCCUCAACCACCCCCCCCUUGGGACCAGUUUGCUCCCCCAGCUCUGGCAUUGCUCCAGGGGCUUCUAGACCUGGAUCCCGAGACUAGGAGCCCCCCGCUGGUUGUCCUGGACUUCUUGGGGGAUGACUGGGGGUUAGAGAGGAACAGAGAGGGGUCUGGGGGCUUGGGGGACAUGUCUGGUGAAGAUGGGGAGGAGGAGGAAGAGGGGGGAGCGAGCCUAGAAGAGGGGACAGAGGAGGAA